AUGGAUCUGGAUGCUUUGCUUGAAUCUAUCGAAACAGAAGCAGACUGGCCAGAGGAAGCAAAGCCGCUACAGCUGAUCGAGAAGUCUCUAAAAUGUUCUAUUUGCCAUGCCACUAUGCGGUCAGCCGUCUUGCUCUCCAAUUGCGGGCAUAGCUUUUGCUCCUACUGUAUUCGCCAGUUUCUUCUUAAGGAAAAGAUUUGUCCUCUUUGCCGUAAACCAGCUACGGAGAGCGAUAUUGUUCGCAACAUUACUCUAAACGAAGUGCUUGAUAUUUUUAAAGAGCAACGGAAUGAAUUGCUUGAACUUUGUCGAACUAUGUUUUCAAAACCCCAUACUUCGAAUGUGGAAGGCGCUUCCUCCGCAAGUCCUUCUCCAAGCAUGCUAUCGCAGAGCGUGAAGCGAGCCAACUCAUCCACCAUCGGCACGAGCGUUGAGGAAUCCACGAGUGAUUCCGAUUUUGUAGUCGAGUUGCCAGACAAAAAAAAAUCUCCCUCGGAUAGUCCGCUGUUCGAAUGUCCUCUCUGCGGAAACUUCUUUUCGCAAGCCACAAUCGAAGUAGUGCAGUCGUCUCCCUCUAAAGCACAGGCUCACGCCAGCACAUGCAGCGGUUCCCAUCCCAAAAAGGCCAGCAAGCCGUUCGCAGGCUUCGUCGCCUGCGAAAAAAUCCCAUCCACCCCCCUGCCAACUUUGUGUUAUCGCGUGAUGAAGACCCCGGAGAUAAAGAAACUGCUGCAGAAGGUGGGAUUGCCGACGAAUGGAAGUCGAGAACAGCUGGUGGAGAGACAUCGGCAAUUUACCUUGCGAAGCUGGACAAUACGAAUCCGAUGCCUGUUUGGAAGAUAG